AACAUCUGAAUGUGAGUAACCAUAGCACUGAUUUAUACGAAAUAUUAAACCCUUGGCAACCUUUUUCAUUAAUUAUUUUCUUUUCACUUCCCAAAUAAAAACUAUUUUUUUCAAAUAUUUUUUCCCUAACAGAAAUCUUUUCAUAUUAUCAGCAAAAAAUAACCAAUAAAAUGUUGGAACAUAGUGAAUCCCACAAAUUAAAUGAAUUUGGUUUUAUGGAUUAUAAAAAACCAUUGGGUAACGAGCAGGAUAUGAGGACAUCAACUUACCUGGGACAUAAAAUAAUGGGUGACACUAUGUUGAACAAUAAGAUACAGCCAAUGUGCAAAGAAACAAAAUCUUAUGAAGAAGAUGCAGUUUUGGAAAAACAUAGAACUAGUGAUUAUAAAGCAAAUUAUGUGUGGAAGUUCGGCAUUCCCGAUGAAAUACGCAAUGUUUCUUUGGAUAGAAAAAUUCACUAUAUGAAACCCUUUUACGAUUGUAAUCUUAAAUUCCUUAAAAGACCCAUGCGCCCCGCUAGUAGUGUAACCCAUUCCGAUUAUAUUUGGCAACCUGAAAAUACCACUUUACCUCCAGCCAUUCCUCACAUACCGUGCGCUGUAUCCCCUACUAAAAUCGUUGUAGAUCGUAAUAAACCUGGCUAUUCAAAAUUAUUGGAUCCAUCUGCCACUACCACCAGUCUAGAUUACUGUUAUCGUUCCCCCCAAGACAUCAUGAAUAGUAUUGCGGCCAAUGAUAAUAUAACAUUUUGGAAUUGGAAAGACACCGAAUAUCGUGAGAAAAAAGUAUUUCGUGUUAAGGAAGCACAAUUAUGUGAUAAAUUGCCAUCGAAAGACUGUACGAAAAGACGCUGUGAAUUUCCAAGUAAAGUCAAAGCUGUACCCAAUUCUGGUUUGAUCACAGAAGUUCGAGAGAAUUAUGUAAAUCCCAAUGAACGUAUUAUCGAUUAUGAUAAUAGUUAUAUAAAGAAUGAUUUAACUUUUGUGGCCAGUGAACCGUUAAUGGCUAAGACAGAAUAUAAUGUAUUGGGUUCGGGUGAAUGUACGCAGAAGUUUGUUUAAAUCUUAAGAUCUUAAAAUUGUUUUUGGAUAAAAAACUCAACUCUUUUUUAAAAUUAUAUAUUUCAAUUUAGUUAGGGUGGAUUUCUUAAGAAUAUACCUUAUUUAAAAUAUUUCAAAAUUUAUUUUAAAAAAUCAAUUUUGAGUCAACGAAAGCUAAUUAAAGUUUUGUAUUUGUUAAAAAUAGUACAUUUGUAAAAAGUAAUUUUAAAAUAGAUUAAAAUGGAUAUUUUGUAAUAGCUUACUUCCCGUCUGUCGAAAUUAUUGAUACUUUAAAAUAUUAUACUUCCUUUCGUUUUAAUUUAAUCUUUAUUUAAAAUACUGUAAUGUUUAUAUUUUCAUAAAAAUUUUGCAUAUUAAGAAGUAAAAUAGGAAAAAUUUAAAAAUUUAAAUAUCUCUUGAAGCAAACAAGAUAAUGCAUACAUGUAUUAUUAUAUUUUAAGUUUUAGCUCAUUCGGAUCAUGGUAUAUUAAUUAUAUGGUAGUGUUAACAGAGCAUUUUUGAUGAUACUGUCAAACUUCAUAUAUAAAAAAUACAAUGAAUGCGAUCUAUUUUUCUGAAUUCGUCGACGACACUAUCUUAUAAUUAAUAUACAUAUGUAUCUUGAUUCGGAUCAUAAAUGGAUUUUUUUGAAAAAUGUGAUACCCGGCCUGACCAACUUUGAGGAGCUACCCAUUGGUCUUCAUUUUUCCUACAAUCACCUACAACUGUUAAUCUCCAACCAUGUCGAAUUUCGUUCCCUAAACAGUGAUUUUUUCCAAAAAGGAUUUCUAAACCACUGUGCAUCAUAGCACUUUUUGCUCUUUCA